AUGGCCGUUGGCACGCCCAACAUCGACCGCCUGGCCAGGGAAGGCGUGAUGCUCACCCAGCACCUGGCCGCCGCCUCCGUCUGCACCCCGAGUCGGGCUGCGUUUCUGACCGGCCGCUACCCCAUCCGAUCAGGGAUGGCGUCGCCCGGGGAGAUGAGCCGCGACCUCACCUGGCUGGGCGGCUCCGGCGGGCUCCCCAGCAACGAGACCACCUUCGCCAAGUCGCUGCAGCAUCUCGGCUACCGCACCGGGCUCGUGGGAAAGUGGCACCAGGGCCUGAGCUGCGCCUCCCGGGACGACCACUGUCACCACCCCCUCAACCACGGCUUCGACUACUUCUACGGGCUGCCCUUGGAGCUCCUGAGUGACUGCCAGCCGUCCCGCAGGCCGGAGCUGCACCCCUGGCUGCGUGUCAAGCUCUGGGCGUCCACGGCCGCCCUGGGGCUCAUCCCUGUCCUGCUCAUGGUCCCCAAGUUCGCACGCUGGUUCCCGGUCCCCUGCUGGCUCAUCCUGACCUCCGCCCUGGUCGCCGCCCUCUUCUUCCUGUCCUGGUACUCGAGUUACGGCUUCGUGCGCCGCUGGAACUGUGUUCUGAUGCGGAACCACGACAUCGUCCAGCAGCCGAUGAUGGAGGAGCGAGUGUCCACGCUCCUGCUGAGGGAGGCCCUCGGCUUCAUAGACAGGUACAAACGCCAGCCUUUCCUGCUCUUUGUGUCAUUUCUGCACGUCCACACGCCCCUGAUCACCAAGCAGAACUUUGUCGGGAAAAGCAAAUACGGCCUCUAUGGGGAUAACGUGGAGGAGAUGGACUGGAUGGUGGGGAAGAUCCUGGCCGCGCUGGACCGGGAGCUGCUGGCCAACUGCACGCUGGUGUACUUCACCUCGGACAACGGGGGCCGCCUGGAGUCCUGGGAGGGCGGGGCCCAGCGGGGCGGCUGGAACGGUGUCUACAAAGGGAUGGUGUCCAGCAACGUCCACCGCGUCAUCUGGACGCUGGGGGCCCCGGCCGGGCUCCCUCGGAACGAAACCACGUUCGCCGCGCUGCUCCGGGCACAGGGCUACAGCACCGCGCUCAUCGGAGACCCGGCAGGGGGCUCACCAGGCCGCGGCCCCCCUGAUGCCGGGGUCCAUCGCAGACGCCUGCUCCGGCCAGCUUGCGACCAGGAGCCGCUCCCAGGGGACGUGGCCGUGGCUCUGCCUUCCAGAGGGGUCGCUGCCACAGGAACGUCCGUCCACCCUAACCCAAGUUCCUGCAAAUGGCACCAAGGCUUAAACUGCGAGUCCCGCACGGACCACUGCCACCACCCGCACAACUACGGCUUCGACUACUUCUACGGCAUGCCGGCCUCGCUCUUCGACGAGUGCUGGCCCGACACGUCCCGCGACACGGAGCUGGCGCUCGGGAAGAGGGUGUCCCUCUGCGUGCAGCUGCUGGCCGUCGCCGUGCUGACCUUCCUGCUGGCCGGCAGGUGGAGCCGCUGCCUCUCGGUGCCCUGGUCCCUCAUCGUGUUCCUGAUCCUGCUGCUCUUCCUCCUGUGCUACUCCUGGCUCUCCAGCUUCACGUCCACGCUCUACUGGAGCUGCCUCCUCAUGCGCCAGCACGAGAUCACCGAGCAGCCCCUGCAGGCUGUACGAGCCGGGUCCAUCAUGCUGCGGGAGGCGCUGUCGUUUCUAGAAAGGCACCGUGAGGGCCCUUUCCUGCUCUUCUUCUCCUUCCUCCACGUGCACACACCUCUGCCCACCUCGGACGAGUUCAUCGGCACCAGCCAGCAUGGGUUAUACGGCGACAACGUGCAGGAGAUGGACUUCAUGGUCGGCAAGAUUCUCGGUGCCCUCGACGACCUGGGUCUGACCCAAAACACCCUCGUCUACUUCACGUCGGACCACGGAGGCCAUCUGGAGGCCCGGCGCGGGCGCCUGCAGCUGGGCGGCUGGAACGGGAUCUACCGAGGUGGGAAAGGAAUGGGCGGCUGGGAAGGCGGCAUCCGCGUCCCCGGGAUUGUCCGGUGGCCUGGGAAGGUGGCGGCUGGCAAGGUCAUCGACGAGCCCACGAGCCUGAUGGACAUUCUGCCCACGCUGGCUGCGGUGUCGGGAGCCCGGGUGCCCCAGGACAGGGUGAUUGACGGCCGGAACCUCAUGCCGCUGCUGCAGGGCCACACCCAGCGCUCGGAGCACGAGUUCCUGUUCCACUACUGUGGGUCCUAUCUGCACGCCGCCCGCUGGCACCCCCGGGACAGCCGGGCGGUGUGGAAGGUCCACUACGCGACCCCCGUGUUCCAGCCCCCGGGCGCCCAGGCGUGCUACGAGACCUAUUUCUGCCACUGCUCGAAGGACGUGGUCACCUACCACGACCCCCCUCUGCUGUUCGACCUGUCCAGAGACCCGUCCGAGUCCACCCCGCUGAGGCGCGACACGGAGCCCCUGUACGACUCGGUCGUGCGCACGGUGGCGGACGCCGUGAGGCGGCACCGGGACUCCGUCACCCCCGUGCGGCAGCAGCUGUCGGAGCUGAACGAGGACUCCGUGUGGCUGAGACCGUGCUGCGGGGUGUUCCCUUUCUGUCUGUGUGACACGGAGGAGGGGUUCCCCGCCGCCGCCGGGGCGUAGCGGUCCAGAGCCGGCCGCCUGGGGGGGUCCUGCCCCCCAGCCUUGGUUCCUGGGGCCCUCCCGCCCUGCGCCCCUCUCUGGGAC